GGACUACGGUGAUCCGGAAGAGGAAACGUGCCCUUUUAGGACUACAUGCCGGGCUUGAGUACUUAACAGUACAGUCCCUGAUUGCAUUUAAUGUAAUAUGAAUGAAAUCUUCUUUCUUACAGUCUUUGUUAUGGUCACAGUGAAAAGGCGUCACGGCAACAACAAACGCAACAACUUAACAAAAGUCGUAGCUCGUUUAAAUAGUUAGUUGUGUAGUUGGACCUUGUGUUGUGAUUGUGAGGAGGCGACGUGAGCGCGGAUUUUAGCAGAAAGCAGCAGCAUAACGGGUCCGUAAAAGAGACUGUGCCGAUUGACAUGUCGGAUACAUGGAGCAACAUACAAGCGCACAAGAAGCAGCUGGACUCGCUGCGGGAGAGGCUGCAGCGGAGGCGGAAAGACACCACGCAGCUGGGUAUAGAGGUGGGGGUAACUGAGGGGGGGUCAGUACGCAGUGACAGCCCAGUGCCAGCUCUUCAGAGCCCCCCUCAGGCAGAACGACCCCCUGACCCAGAACUGGAGAGGAGACUUUUGGGCUAUCUAUCUGAACUGAGCCUUGUGCUUCCAACAGAUUCGCUUACCAUCACCAGCCAGCUUAGUACUGCUGAUACCCCAGCCUCUCAUGGCUGCAUCCAGAGUCUUCUGCUUAAGUUCUCCGCCCAGGAGCUGAUUGAAGUCCGGCAGCCAUCUCUCGCUCCCUCGACCUCCUCCUCAACCGCGCCUUCCUCCACACUCGUCACCUCUGUGGACCACACCAAAAUCUGGGCCAUGACUGGCGGUGGCACCCCAGCCCAAAGGACAGGUGUCAAGAGGAAAGCGGAGGAGCAGCCCCACCCCAAACGAACCCCAGGCUCUGGCUCCUCUAUGCAGUCCCCCAGCUCACCCUCAACCCCCUCCUCACUGGCAAUAGCCUUGUCAUCCCAACUGGGAGGGACCUCUGAUUGGAAGUCAGGAGGGGGCAGUGGAACAGAUAAGAAGGGCAGGUCUUCCAAGGGUCCGACAUCCCACUUGGACAUGGAAAUUGAGUGUCUGCUGAACCAGCAGUCCACCAAGGAACAGCAGAGUAAAAAGGUGAGCCGAGAGAUCCUGGAGCUCCUGAACACGAGUUCAGCCAAGGAGCAGUCUAUCGUGGAGAAGUUCCGUUCUCGUGGGCGGGCCCAAGUCCAGGAAUUCUGUGAUCACGGAACCAAGGAGGAGUGUAUCCGCUCAGGAGAUGCCCCCCAGCCUUGCACCAAGCUGCACUUCCGGCGCAUCAUAAACAAGCACACGGAUGAGAGCCUGGGCGACUGCUCCUUCCUCAACACCUGCUUCCACAUGGAUACCUGCAAGUACGUGCAUUAUGAGAUCGACUGUCCCCCGGAAGCAGAGGCUGGAUCCCUGGGGCCUCAGGCAGGAGCCACAGAGCUGGGACUGCACUCUGGGGACCCGGACAGCAACGUUGGCAAGCUGUUCCCCUCGCAGUGGAUUUGUUGUGACAUCCGCUACCUGGAUGUGUCCAUCCUGGGGAAGUUUGCUGUCGUGAUGGCUGACCCCCCCUGGGACAUUCACAUGGAGCUGCCUUAUGGGACGCUAACUGAUGACGAGAUGAGGAAGCUCAACAUCCCCAUUCUCCAGGAUGACGGAUUCCUUUUCCUAUGGGUGACAGGCAGGGCUAUGGAGUUGGGGAGGGAGUGCCUGAGCCUCUGGGGGUACGAGCGUGUGGAUGAAAUCAUUUGGGUCAAAACAAACCAGCUGCAGAGAAUAAUCCGUACUGGGAGAACUGGUCACUGGCUGAACCAUGGCAAGGAGCACUGCCUGGUGGGCGUGAAAGGGAAUCCUCAAGGUUUCAACAGGGGCCUGGACUGUGAUGUCAUUGUCGCAGAGGUUCGCUCCACCAGCCACAAGCCUGAUGAAAUCUAUGGAAUGAUAGAACGCCUUUCCCCCGGCACCAGGAAGAUUGAGCUCUUCGGCCGGCCUCACAACGUACAGCCGAACUGGGUGACCCUCGGAAAUCAGCUGGACGGCAUCCACCUGUUGGACCCUGACGUCGUGGCACGUUUUAAGAAGCGUUACCCUGAUGGGGUGAUUUCCAAACCCAAGAACAUGUAGAUACCUGCAGGGAGGAGGGUGCUGUUUAAAUAUUGGGUCUGAUUGAAAUACUAGACUGACUGAAUGGUAAAUGUCUGAUGCAAAACAUGAGUUGUGUUAAUAUCGAGGUGAUCUUUGUUUAGAUGCAAGAUGACACACUGUGUUGGAUUUUCUUUUUGUAUUAUGAAACGGUAUAUUUUUAAUAAAACUGUUCAGCAGUGGAUCGCUGCUUGAAA